CUGGAGUAGGAGCUGCAGGUGGAGGAAAUGCUGCUGCUUCUGCAACACAAGCUGCUUCAUCUUCGCCAUCUGUUCACCACCACCCAGAAGAGCAAGAAGAUGGCUUCGAGUUUCAAAUCGACUUCGCGCAUCCGCACGCGGAUACAGACGCCAAGCAAGCCCAAGCUGCUCAAGCCGCUGCUGCAUCUGAGUCUGACGCACACCACCUGCUUGAUGACCCGGAGAAGAAGCUUCUUCUCGACCAGGCUUCCGACCACGCUCACGCGGGGUACCAAAUUUUUGAAGUGGUCACAGGUGGUGGUGGUGAGGGUGGGUCCGCCACUGCAGGAGGACCACCUGGCAGCCUCCCGACUGGGCCAAUGCAACCUGGCGCAGUUGCUGCAGCACACCAGCAUCAGCAACAGAAACAGCACGUGCAGCAACUGCGGCAACAGCCAGAAGACCCAGCGGUCUCUGCGGCCAGAGUAAAUUCCUACACGGCGCAGGCGUCGCACAUUCUGAGGGAGAACCCCUUGAAGAUAAAAGCGUGGAUCGAGGGUUUUCAGCACAAGAUCUUUAUUCCCUGAAAAAUUUGUACACUCCCCAUCCACUUUUUGCAUGACAAAAACAGAACUUACUUCGUGUUUUGCAUUACAGAUUGGGGAGCGUUCAUUUUCAGGUAAUAGUCUUCCUCUUCUUCAACGAAGCGAUCAGUGUGGAGGAUUUGGAGGCGCUGGAAGAUGAUC